UAUAAUUUUCAGCUGGAUAUUUUAUGAUCCGUGCUAUCCGAAAUACUUGGAACGUCCCGUUGUAUUGGGUUUGGAGCUCUGCAACCAGAGCCCGGCGGGCCCCGACAUUAUACAUUGCUUUAGGGCCGGAUAUGAACAUUACACGUCGAACCCUCAGCUCUGCAUGCCGCUUGAUUAACAUCAACUGUAUCAGAAACAUCUCCUACUCACAGUGUGUUAUGACAUCAUCAAGGCAUACAAACUCCAAAAGGAUUGAGGGACUGGACAAGAAUGUUUGGGUGGCCUUCACCUCAGUGGCAGCAGACCCCACCAUAGUGAACCUGGGCCAGGGCUACCCUGACAUUCCUCCCCCAGCCUACGUCAAGGAGGCCCUGGCUAACGCUGCUGCAGUGGACAAGCUCAACCAGUACACAAGAGGCUUUGGCCACCCGUCUCUGGUGAAGGCUCUUUCUCAGGUGUAUGGGAAAGUGUAUGGACACCAGAUUGAUCCUUUCAAGGAGAUACUGGUCACAGUAGGUGGCUAUGGAUCCUUGUUCAGUACCAUGCAGGCACUGGUGGAAGUGGGAGAUGAGGUUAUAAUUAUCGAACCCUUCUUUGAUUGCUAUGUACCCAUGGUUCGAAUGGCAGGGGCAACACCUGUCUUGAUACCAUUGCGACUUAGAUCCAAUAAGGAGACCAGUAGUGUUUCCAGUGCUGACUGGGUCCUUGAUCCAGAGGAACUAGCCAGUAAAUUCACCUCAAAGACCAAGGCCAUCAUUAUUAACACUCCUAACAACCCCAUUGGGAAGAUAUUCACCAAGGGUGAGCUUCAGACUAUCUCCGACCUCUGCAUCAAACACGAUACUCUGUGCAUCAGUGAUGAGGUGUAUGAAUGGCUCAUCUACAAGGGACACCAACACAUCAAAAUAGCCACUCUUCCUGGCAUGUGGGACAGAACGAUCACCAUCAGCAGUGCAGGGAAGACAUUUAGUGUGACGGGCUGGAAGCUUGGCUGGUCUAUAGGGCCAGAACACUUGAUAAAGCACCUUCAGACUGUUAUGCAGAACACCUUGUACACCUGUCCCACGCCGCUACAGGAGGCUGUGGCCCAGGGCCUGCUGAGGGACUAUGAGCUGAUGGGUCGACCUGAGUGUUACUUCUCCUCUCUGGCCGUGGAGCUGGAGGGGAAGAGGGACCGCAUGGCUGCUAUCCUCCAGGACGUUGGCAUGUCUCCUAUCAUACCCGAGGGAGGGUACUUCAUGUGCGUGGACGUCACACCCCUUAAUGAGGACUUGUCUCAUAUGGGAGAUGAUGAACCUUACGACUACAAGUUUGUCAAGUGGAUGAUUAAGGAGAAGAAACUGGCAGCCAUUCCGGUCACAGCGUUCUGUGGUGAUGCUUCCAAGAAGCAGUUUGAGAAAUACAUCCGUCUAUGCUUCAUCAAGCAAGACAGCACUCUGGAUGCAGCCGAGGCUAUUCUCAAGAACUGGAACAAGUAAAAUUUGUCCUGUUGGAUGUCAGGGUUUGUCUCAAGACCCUCUGUUUUCACUGUGACACCCCUAUAACACGUUACUUUGUAGGACAGGUAUGGAGCUGUUUGUAGGACAGGUAUAGAACUGUUUGUAGGACAGGUAUGGAACUGUUUGUAGGACAGGUAUGGAGCUGUUCGUAGGACAGGUAUGGAAUGGUUUGUAGGACAGGUAUGGAACGGUUUGUAGGACAGGUAUGGAACGGUUUGUAGGACAGGUAUGGAACGGUUUGUAGGACAGGUAUGGAGCUGUUUGCCCUGUUUAUAUUUGUAGACAUUUUCGUGUUUUUCUGUUCUUUUAUUAAUGUAUUUUUAAUUGCCUUUUUUUGUUUGAGUUUUAAUCUCAUUUGAUUGGAUUUUAUAUGACACUUGGAAUGGAUUAACUUCCAGGUUUGAAUUUCCUCUUUGUGACAUAAGCGCUCGCUGAGUGGCACGCGUCAUCCUGUCAACAUUGUUUUCCUGUACCCUUCAUAUGAUGGGAUAGAACAGUUUUGAUCCUGUGCAGCCCUCCUGGUUUGGUGUUGUAUUUCGUCUGUGAAUAAAAUAGAACUUUUUAAAAUA